AUGAUCGGGAUCGAGUGCUGCCUCUGCACCUUCGGGCCUCUGGAGAGACGGGGCCUGUGCUCCUACACCAGCUGGGCCUCCACAGACUGCCAGUGGAUCCAGAUGCGCAACAAGGAGCUCAAGUACAUCCACGACAAGGGCUACGCGCGGCAGGACCCGGACCAGCUGCCCAGGAAGAGGGCCCUGGUGCUGGACUGGCUCUUCGAGGUCUGCGACUUCUACUGCCUGCAGAGGCAGACCGCCUACCUGGCCCAGGACUACCUGGACCGGUACCUGAUGGUCCAGGACCGCAUCGACUGCAGCAGCAUGCAGCUGCUGGGCGUCACCGCGCUCUUCAUAGCGGCCAAGAAGGAGGAAGUCUACCCUCCAAAGAUCAACGCGUUUGCCUACGUCACGGACGGAGCCUGUGAGGUCUGGGAAAUCGAGCGGACUGAAAUGAAGAUGCUGAAGGCGUUGAAGUGGAACCUGUGUCCGGAGACUCCCAUCUCCUGGCUGAACUUGUUUGUUCAGAUCGAAGCGGAGCAAAGCGAGGAGAACUUCUUGGAUCCGUUCUUCUCUCAGGAGACAUACCUUGAGAUCACACAGCUGUUGGACUUGUCGAUACUGGACAUCAACUCACUGGACUUCACCUACAGUACUCUCGCCUCUGCUGCCAUCUGCCACUUCUCCUCCUAUAAUCUUGUUCAUAGAAUCACCGGCAUUUCCUGGGAAAGCAUUGCCACCUGCUACCUGUGGAUGAGCACCUUCAUGGACAUGUUACGCUACAGUCCCAAACCUCAGCUGAAGACUUUCUCCAAAGUCAAACCCAGCAGCAGCCAUAACAUCCAGACGCACAACAUUACACACGAUAUGCUGAGAAAUGCUCAGGAGAACAAGAGCUACAUAUCCACCCUUCAGAUGUCGCCUCUGGGACUCGGGGGUCUCCUGUCGCCGCCCAGCAGGACAGAGAAGUUCUUCCCCUACACCAUCGAGUUCGACCUGAUGGCCACAUUCUCGGAUGACUGA